AUGGGAGGGAGAUGGGUGGUUGGUCCAUCGUGUUGUGCUCCGAAGAUGGUGGCAAAGUGUGGAGUUGUCCAAGCUUCCGGGAGCCCAGGUGUGGACAGAGAUUCAGGAUACAGAAGCGUCCCAUAUGUUGACAGGUCCCUGUGCUGGAUGACGAUGUUGGCACUGGUACUGAGCGUGGGCAUCAUCAGCGUGAACCCGCUGGUGGCGGUGUCUGCUCAGGCCGUGGCGCAGGCGGCGUCUGUGCUGCUGCAGCACUACUGCGGGACCCAGUUCGGGCGCCGGUGGUCCAGCGUCGCCUGUCUGGCGCUGGUCGGCCUCCUGGGUGCACUCUGUGUGGUACUGCUCACAGUUGGUGUUCCGAGUGUCGCCAUGGCAGUGGUAGUGAUGGCCAUGCAGUUCUGGUCGUCGGCUGGUGGAAGUGUCAUCAACCUUCAGAGCAUCGAGGUGCACCCCACGUGUCUGCGACAGAUCACCGCCAGCGUAGAGUGCACGGUUGCUGGUGUUUGCUUGUCUCUUGUUCCGUACAUCGUCUUUCAGGGAGGCUCGGUGGACCGUAGGCUGCCGUUCGCCAUCUUGUCAGCGAUUCACCUGCUGGUAGCGCUGUCGGUGUCGUUCCUGCCGGAAACUGCGCUGCAGAGGCUGCCGGAGUCUCUGCAGGACGCCGCCGAGUUUGGCUGA